CCUUUCUCAUGUUGCCACCACAGUUGGUCUUGCUUCAAAUGAUCCUAUCUCCUCUAGAGCAGCCCUAGUUCCUUCCAGAACCUUUUGCCUCUGACCUCUACUCCAGUUCCCAUUAGAUCUCUCUUGCGCUUUGUUUCAUGUGAGUUCAUCUUUCUUUGACAUGGUUCUUAUUCACCCCUCCUCUCUCUGUCAGCCACUCUUCAUUCUGCUGUUGCCAUUCUCCACUGCCCUUAUAGACUGACUCCUCACCCCACUCCCGCUACUAAUCAUGCUAAUGCACACCGAUAAACCCACGUUCAAACAAGCCUCUCCCGGGGGGCCAGUUUCUGCCUUGAAUCAGACUCUUCCCUCUAGAUGCUCUGGCUCCUCCCACGGCUGCCACCUGGACUAACCAUCCCUUUGUGUAAUUAGGGAAGCGUGCAUUCUUCUGGAGCUGACAAGAAUGCAGCAGAUGGAUUGGCUACAAAUUGGAUUCCAGCUCCUUGUUCCCCCAUGGCCAGGAGUUGGUGUUUAGGACACAAGCUACACAACUAUAUAUGGUGACCUUGAUCUUUCCCCAGCUCCUCACAUCUCCAUAUUCCACCAGAUGUCUUCACCUUCUGACCUUUCCAUGUGGUUACAGCUCUCUACUCCUUAUCUUCCAUGUCUCCAUCCAUGUCUUGGCCCUUCAUAGUCCUCCCUCCAUGGGGCCAGUACUGGCCCUUUAACCACAGCCCAGGUGUUCUUCCCUCCCUUCAGAUCCCCCAGAUCAGCUAUGCCUCCACAGCCCCAGAGCUCAGCGAUUCCACACGCUAUGACUUCUUCUCCCGCGUGGUGCCACCAGACUCCUACCAGGCCCAGGCCAUGGUGGACAUUGUGCGAGCCCUGGGGUGGAACUAUGUGUCCACACUGGCGUCUGAGGGCAACUAUGGAGAGAGUGGGGUUGAAGCCUUUGUGCAGAUCUCCCGUGAGGCUGGAGGCGUCUGUAUUGCACAGUCCAUCAAGAUCCCCAGGGAACCAAAGCCUGGAGAAUUCAACAAGGUGAUCAAGCGACUUAUGGAGACACCUAAUGCCCGUGGCAUCAUCAUCUUUGCCAACGAGGAUGACAUCAGGAGGGUGCUGGAGGCUGCGCGCCAGGCCAACCUGACGGGCCACUUCCUGUGGGUCGGCUCAGACAGCUGGGGAUCCAAGACUGCACCCAUCCUGAACCUAGAAGACGUGGCCUUGGGGGCCAUCACCAUCCUGCCCAAAAGGGCUUCUAUUGACGGGUUUGACCAAUACUUCAUGACCCGCUCUCUGGAGAACAACCGCCGCAACAUCUGGUUCGCUGAGUUCUGGGAAGAAAAUUUUAACUGCAAACUGACCAGCUCAGGUACCCAGCCAGAUGAUUCCCCUCGUAAGUGCACAGGCGAAGAACGGAUUGGCCGGGACUCCACCUACGAGCAGGAGGGGAAGGUGCAGUUUGUGAUUGAUGCUGUGUAUGCCAUUGCCCACGCCCUCCACAGCAUGCACCAGGCACUCUGCCCUGGGCACACAGGCCUAUGCCCAGCCAUGGAGCCCACUGAUGGGCGGACAUUGCUGCAGUAUAUUCGAGCCGUCCGCUUUAACGGCAGUGCGGGCACCCCCGUGAUGUUCAACGAGAAUGGAGAUGCGCCCGGGCGCUAUGACAUCUUCCAGUACCAGGCGGCCAAUGGCAGUGCGGACAGUGGCGGGUACCAGGCUGUGGGCCAGUGGGCAGAGAUCCUCAGGCUCGAUGUGGAAGCGCUUCAGUGGUUAGGCGACUCCCUCGAAGUGCCCCCAUCUCAGUGUAGCCUCCCCUGUGGGCCAGGUGAGAGGAAAAAGAUGGUGAAGGGCGUCCCCUGCUGCUGGCACUGCGAGGCCUGUGACGGGUACCGCUUCCAGGUAGACGAGUUCACGUGUGAGGCCUGCCCUAGGGACAUGAGGCCCACUCCCAACCACACAGGCUGCCGCCCCACACCUGUGGUGAGCCUCACCUGGUCCUCCCCUUGGGCAGCUCCUCCCCUCCUCCUGGCCGUGUCGGGCAUCGUGGCAACGACCACGGUGGUGGUCACUUUUAUGCUGCACAACAACACACCCAUCGUGCGGGCGUCUGGCCGAGAGCUCAGCUAUGUGCUGCUCACCGGUAUCUUCCUCAUCUAUGCCAUCACCUUCCUCCUCGUAGCAGAGCCCGGGGCCGCCAUUUGUGCUGCCCGAAGGCUCUUCCUUGGCCUUGGCACCACCCUCAGCUACUCUGCCUUGCUCACCAAGACCAACCGCAUCUACCGGAUCUUCGAGCAGGGAAAGCGCUCGGUCUCACCCCCACCCUUCAUCAGCCCCACGUCGCAGCUUGUCAUUACCUUCAGUCUCACAUCUGUGCAGGUGCUGGGAGUGGUGGCAUGGAUGGGGGCCCAGCCUCCACACAGUGUGAUCGACUAUGAAGAGCAGCGGACAGUGGAUCCAGAGCAGGCCAGAGGGGUGCUCAAGUGUGACAUGUCCGAUCUCUCCCUCAUCGGCUGCCUGUGCUACAGCCUUGUUCUCAUGGUUACGUGCACAGUGUACGCCAUCAAGGCCCGCGGUGUGCCAGAGACCUUCAACGAGGCCAAACCCAUUGGCUUCACCAUGUACACCACCUGCAUCAUCUGGCUGGCUUUUGUGCCUAUAUUCUUUGGCACUGCCCAAUCCGCUGAAAAGAUCUAUAUCCAGACAACUACACUAACGGUGUCCUUGAGCCUCAGUGCAUCCGUGUCCCUUGGCAUGCUCUACGUCCCGAAAACCUACGUCAUCCUCCUUCACCCGGAACAGAAUGUGCAGAAGCGGAAGCGAAGCCUCAAAGCAACCUCCACAAUUGCAGCCCCUCCUAAAGGGGAGGGCACAGAAGACAAGUAGCGGGUGUGGGAUGCACAGGACUUGCUGCCCCAUCUUCUCUUUUCUUCCCUCCACUUCAUGGUGGAAAUUGUAGAGUACAAGUCCUAGAGUUCAGGGAGUCCAGGAAGGCCACACCGAGCAUGAAAGGGUCUGCCCCUCACUGAAAAGGGGGAUGUAUGCACCACGUUUACCCCUACUUUUGUCUGUAUGUAAAUGUCAUGACUCCUCAUUGCAGACCAGGCUUCCUAAUCAUGGUGGGAAAUAGCCACUGAGAGGGUCUCACCACUCUGCAUUUACACUCUGGUCUGAAGUUCAAGCAAUGGCGCUCUGGAUGUGGCCUAGUUGGAGACACACUUCUAGCCUUCAAUCAAGGCUUUACUAUGCAGUACUUAUUAGAAUUCUCUCCUGUAUGAGUUCCGAGUGGCUUAUUUUCGUAUUCACUUUUGAUUAUCUCUACAACAUGAACCAUCUUAUGUAGAGGGUGGGGUUGCAUUCUCCAUUACUAAAGAUGUUACGAUCUUUUAAUUCCAUCUUCCAUGAACUUGUAAAAGUCCCCUCAUGUUUAAGCAUUUGUAAGGUUUUCUCCAUUUUGAAUGAUCUGAUGUAUAUCAAAAGUAUGAUUUCCAGAGGAGUGUUUUACUCAUCGAAUAUGUAGUUUUCUCUCUUUGAUAAUUUAUCUGAUGUUAAGUGUGGGCUGACAGCUCCUUGAAGAUUUCCCCACAAUUUUUGCACUCAUAGUUUUUUAGUUUCUGAUCCCCAGAUCAGGGUUUUCCUCAUUUUAUUGUUUCUUGGUUUGUCUCCUAAAUUCAAUGAAAUGCAGUGAGUUUUGACUAAUUGAAACCCUUUUUAUAGUAUACAAGAGAACUUUAGGCAGUUCAUGAAAAAAUUCCACAUUCUCAGUAACAUUUUUCAUGAACUUUUUGAAGUCCCCUUGUGUGUGUAUGUAUAAAAGAAUCCCUGACGGUAUAGUGGAUUUAGUGUUGACUGCUUACCACAGGGUUAGUAGUUCAAACUCACCAGCUGUUCUG